GCUUCGCCUUCUCUACUAUUCUCCCGAUACGACACCGCCACCAUAGACCUCCGUGUGUUACCCUUCAACCAAAAGACAACGGAGGACAGGUCGAUCAAGCCAAUACAGAUCUUCCACCACAAGGACAGCUGGGUAAUUUUCCAUUUACUCGAGAAGAACUUGGAGUGUUUUUUUUUUUGGGCUUUUGGCAGAUUUGCUUUAGUUGGAAGCAUCCUGUUCUUGGGUUGAUUUUGUUUUCCGUGAAUUGGGUAGUGAAGACUGAAGAGUAGUAGUUCUAGACUUGCAGAUGGGUUUCUUCAGUACUUUACUUGGGUUCACCGGAUUUGGAGUUGGGGUUUCUGCUGGUCUCACCAUUGGGUAUUUCUGCUUCAUCUACUUCCAGCCCAACGAUGUGAAGGACCCUGCGAUUCGCCCAUUGAUUGAACAAGACUCGGUUACUUUGCAGAGGCUACUUCCUGAGAUACCCCUUUGGGUGAAAAAUCCAGAUUAUGAUCGUAUUGAUUGGCUAAACAAGUUUAUUGAAUAUAUGUGGCCUGUUCUGGACAAGGCCAUUUGCAAGACUGCCGAGAAUAUUGCAAAACCCAUCAUUGCUGAGCAAAUUCCAAAGUAUAAGAUUGAAUCAGCUGAAUUUCAGAAAUUAACUCUGGGAUGUCUUCCCCCUACUUUCCAAGGUAUGAAAGUCUACGUCACUGAUGAGAAGGAGUUGAUUAUGGAACCAUCUUUGAAAUGGGCAGGAAAUCCGAAUGUUGUCCUUGUUCUCAAAGCAUUUGGCUUGAAAGCAAGCAUUCAGGUGGUGGAUUUGCAAAUAUUUGCUGCGCCACGUAUAACCCUAAAGCCAUUGGUUCCAAGCUUUCCUUGUUUUGCCAAAAUUCAAGUCUCUCUCAUGGAAAAGCCACACGUGGACUUUGGACUCAAGCUUUUUGGGGCUGAUCUUAUGUCAAUUCCUGGUCUGUACAGGUUCGUUCAGGAGCUUAUCAAAGACCAGGUUGCCAGCAUGUAUCUGUGGCCAAGAACCCUUGAAGUACCAAUCAUGGAUCCAACAAAAGCCAUGAAGAGGCCUGUAGGAAUUCUCCAUGUGAAGGUUCUGAAGGCUAUGAAUCUUAGAAAGAAAGAUCUGCUGGGUGCAUCAGACCCUUAUGUAAAAGUAAAGCUCACCGAGGAUAAGCUUGCAUCAAAGAAAACUAAGGUGAAGCAGAGGAAUCUGAACCCUGAAUGGAACGAGGAAUUUAAUCUGGUUGUUAAAGAUCCAGAAACCCAAGCUUUAGAACUUCAAGUUUUUGAUUGGGAGCAGGUUGGCAAGCAUGACAAAAUGGGUAUGAAUGUUGUCCCUUUGAAAGAACUUCCCCCAGAUGAGCCAAAAGUUGUGACUCUUGAUCUCUUGAAGAAUAUGGAUCCCAAUGAUGUCCAAAAUGAAAAGUCACGUGGAAAGCUGGUCGUGGAAUUGACAUACAAACCUUUCAAGGAAGAGGAUAUUCCAAAAGAGUUCGAUGAGUCAGGUACUGUUGAAAAGGCUCCAGAAGGGACACCUGCUAGUGGAGGCAUGCUUGUGGUUAUAGUUCAUGAAGCACAAGAUGUCGAAGGAAAGCAUCACACCAAUCCGUAUGUACGCAUCCUUUUUAGAGGAGAAGAGAAAAAAACUAAGUAUGUAAAGAAGAAUAGAGAUCCAAGAUGGGAGGAAGAAUUUCAUUUCAUGCUUGAUGAGCCUCCCACUAAUGAUAAGCUUCAUGCGGAAGUACAAAGUGUUUCUUCAAAGAUUGGCUUAUUACAUCCCAAGGAAAGUUUGGGCUAUGUGGAUAUCAAUCUGUCAGAUGUUGUUAACAACAAAAGGAUCAACGAGAAGUACCAUCUCAUAGAUUCAAAGAACGGACGGAUCCAAAUUGAACUGCAAUGGAGGACUUCUUCUUAACCCUAUGCAUUGUUUUCGUUUUUCUGGAGUGUCGCUUGGCGAUUGGGAUAGACAUAUGCAGAGAGAGAGAGAGAGAGAGAGAGAGAGAGAGAGAGAGAGAGAGAGAGAGAGAGCUAUUAUGAUGAUUGUUUCAUGUUGUGUGCUUGUUGUUUGUGUACAUUAAUAAUAGCUUCAAAAGUAUAAACGUUGCCCUGUAACUUUGUAUUCUUGCCCUGUAAUUUCGUAUUCUUGCCAGAUCACCCCAGAAAUUUGCGGAGUACAUUUGCAGUUGCUCAUGAUCAA